AUUUUCUCCUCUCAAGUGCCGGAUCCUAGGGUUUUCUCUAUAUACCAUUUCCCAUCCUCCAAAAACCCUCCGAUCUCCUUUUCUCCAAACCCUAAUCUCCUUCUCUCUAGUCCCUAAUCUCCUUCUCCAUCGCAUUCUACUUCCGAUUCCUCCCCAAAGCCGCUACGAUUUGCUAGAGAGAAAGAGAGAGAUGGAAGACUACGCAGAAGAACUUCGGACGCCUCCGGUCUGUCUAGUAUCUCUGGUAGGGUUUCCAGAGCUCCAUCCGACGAUCUCCAGCUUCCUGCACUCGGAGCAGCCUCCGAUCAACACUCUUGCUUUGCCGGAUUUCUCGAAGAUCACUAUCAUGGUCGGGAAGCAAACGGACGGCCCGGAUUCCGGGCGUACGACUCCGGCAGGGGGGAUCUUGAAGAGAGAUUGGUUAGCCAAGCACCGGACGAGGAUCCCGGCGGUCGUCGCCGCGAUGUUCGGGUCUGAUCACGUGUCCGGCGAUCCCGCGCAGUGGCUACAGGUCUGCAACGAUCUUGAAAACCUGAAAGCUGUGAUUCGUGGAAAGAACAUCAAGCUCGUUGUGGUUCUUGUGCAGUCCACUCCCAAUGAUGAUGUCAGUGAAGAUCUUAUGACUGCUCUGAGAAAGCGUGCAGACAUAGAUUCUAAGCACCUUCUCAUGUUUAUUCAGAAUGAUGUAUCAGGACUAAGACAGUCUCUCAACAGGCUGGCGAGUAUAUUUGCAGAAUUAUCGAAUGCUUAUUAUAGGGAGGAAGGACGGAGGAUAAAAACCCGUGUUGAGAAGAAGAGCUUCACUUCUAUUGAGAUGAAUAUUCGUUACUGCUUUAAGGUUGCUGUAUAUGCGGAGUUUCGGAGAGAUUGGGUUGAAGCUUUAAGGUCUUAUGAGGAUGCCUACCAUGUGCUACGUGAGAUGAUUGGCACAUCAAAAAGGUUGCCACCUAUACAACGUCUGGUUGAGAUAAAAGCUGUAGCAGAGCAACUGCAUUUCAAAGUGUCAACUUUGUUGCUGCAUGGUGGGAAGGUUGUAGAAGCCAUCACAUGGUUCCAAAAGCAUAUUGCAUCUUACAAACGGCUUGUGGGGGCACCAGAAGUUGUCUUUCUUCACUGGGAAUGGAUGAGCAGGCAGUUCUUGGUAUUUGCUGAGCUAUUAGAGACAAGUUCUGUACCAAUUCCUACCACUGCAUCUCUCCCAUCUGUCCCAUCUGAAAGAUCAUUGACUGAGUGGGAAUUUCAGCCAUCUUACUACUAUCAGUCAGCAGCAAAGUACUUGAGGGAGAAAAGAGAUUGCUUGGAACUCGCUUUGUCUGCAUCAGAAAAAACCAAACACCCUCUAGGAGCAAAUUCACUUGAAAGCAGCCCGGAAUCUGUGAUACCCUCUGUUUAUGUGGGUCAAUUUGCUCGGUUACUUGAGCAAGAGGAUGGAUUUGCAAUGCUACCACUUACUGAUGGAGAGUAUGUGCUCCAUGCCCUUGCAGAAGGGAAGAGGUUUCAAGAUUCAUAUGAAAUUAUUGCACUGCUUAGGAAAAGUUUUGAAUCAUACAAUAGCCUCAAAGUUCAGAGGAUGGCUUCUUACUGUAGCAACCUUAUGGCAAGAGAAUAUUUCAACAUGGGGGACUUCAGUAACGCGAAGCAGCUUUUUGAUGGUAUCAUGGGUCUUUAUAGGCAAGAAGGUUGGGUCACAUUGAUCUGGGGGAUUUUGGGUUACCUGCGAGAGUGCUCUAGAAAACUAGCUUCUCCAAGAGAUUUUGUGGAAUAUUCUCUUGAAAUGGCUGCAUUGCCCAUAUUGUCUGGCGUUAGGGUGGCUUCUUCCGAUCAAAAAGGAGUGUAUGGCCCAGCUGGUCCACCUAGUCUACCACAACGAGUGAACAUACAGAAAGAAGCUUUCGGGCUCUUGAAAGGAGAAUCCACGCCACUGUCAAGUGAAGGCAGUAGUAGCCUCACUAUAACAGAAGAUCAACCCCUUCAUCUUGAGAUUGAUCCCGUUAGCCCCCUUCGAGCAGCAUUUCUAGCAUCCGUUGCUUUUCAUGACCAAGCUGUUAAGCUGGGUGCGCCUACCUUGUUUACAGUGUCACUUCUAACACAAUUAUCCCAUCCAGUUGAGAUUGAUCAGUUGGAAAUUCAAUUCAAUCAGUCUGUAUGUAAUUUCAUUGUCAUCAAUGGGCAGAAAGCACUCUCAGAAGAAAACCCCAUCCAGGAGCAGGGUCUUCGGAUACAGACAGUUCCAAACCUUACACUAGUUUGGAACAAGUGGCUACGGUUGACAUAUAACAUCAAAUCGGGACAAACGGGAAAGCUCGAAUGCCUGUCCAUCAUUGUAAAAAUCGGACGCCACUCGACAAUCUGUUGCCGAGCUGAGAGUCCUGCAUCAAUGGAGGAGUUGCCGCUUUGGAAGUUUGAGGACCGAGUAGAGACCUUCCCUACCAAGGACCCUGGUCUUGCAUUCACUGGUCAGAAGGUUAUCCAGGUCGAAGAGCCAGACCCUCAAGUCGAUCUUGUUUUAAGUGCUUCUGGUCCUGCAUUAGUUGGAGAGAACUUUGCAGUUCCUGUGACUAUAACUUCGAAGGGCCACAAAGUUCUUUCUGGUGAGCUGAAGAUUAAUCUGGUGGAUACGAGGGGAGGAGGAUUGCUCAGCCCAAGAGAAUAUGAAUCCUUCUCUUUUGACAGUCUACAUGUUGAGCUUCUCAGUAUUUCAGGGUCUACUGAUGAGGACGAAUCUCAAACCGAUGUCGAUGACAUCAAGCAAGUUCAACAGUCAUUUGGUUUGGUGUCUAUUCCAGCUUUGGACAUCGGGGAAUCAUGGUCUGGCAAACUAGAAAUCAGAUGGCACAGACCCAAACCCAUCAUGCUUUACGUGUCACUGGGUUACUCUCCAAACAGCAAGGACAAGGAUGCUAACGCUCCUAAAGUUCACGUUCACAGAAGCUUGCAAAUCGAAGGGAAGGCCCCUGUUGCUAUAGGCCACCGCUUCAUGAUGCCAUUCCGGCGUGACCCCUUGUUGCUCUCAAAUAUCAAACCAGCACUCGAUUCCGAUCUGUUGCCAUCGCUUGCAUUGAACGAGAAGAGCAUCCUUAUUGCCAGUGCCAGAAACUGCACUGAGGUGCCACUGCGGCUGAUAUCCAUGUCUGUUGAAGUGGACGACAAUGAAAGUAUCCGUCGAUGCACAGUUCAGCACGUGGGUGAUAGUUCAACUGAUCUUGCCCUUCUCAUGCCGGGAGAAGAAUACAAAAGGGUUUUCUCAGUCACGCCUCAGGUCAAUUCCCCAAAACUCAGCAUUGGGACGGUGUUUCUAAGAUGGGUGAGAGAUUUGGAGCUCAAACAGCAACCACAUUCCGAUGAAACAACCAUUGGCAUUUUGACGAAACACCAACUCCCUGACAUAAAGGUGGAGAAGGCGCCUUUGGUUGUGAUAUUAGAAUGCCCGCCCACCGCAAUCCUUGGGGUUCCCUUCUCAUUCUAUCUGAGGAUUCGGAACCAGACACAGUUGCUGCAGGAGAUCAAAUUUUCAUUGGUGGACUCUCCAAGCUUUGUGUUAGCUGGGCCCCACAAUGAUGCCACCUUCAUUCUUCCAGACUCCGAACACAUCCUCAGUUACAAGCUUAUCCCGUUGGCUUCUGGUCAGCAACAGUUGCCGCGGAUUGCCGUAACCUCUAUUAGAUAUUCAGCUGGGCUUAACCCAUCACCUGCUGCGUGUACGGUGUUCGUCUUCCCAUGCCAGCCUCAUUUUGAGAAAAAUGGAGAGGUGGUGAAAGUACCGGGGUCCGUCCCUGCAGUGUAAGUCAUGCUAUCAUCAGACCAGAACUUGAAAACCUGUUUCUUCUUGGCUGUCGAAUCUACAUGAGGCAGGCCGAGACUUGACUGGAUGCCAAGAUCAAUGGAUGCAUCUGAGCUUUGGGCACAUGAAAUCACACAAUUCGUUUUGACUGCUAAUGCAUUGUUUGACAAUGGUCAAGAGACUCGAACAGGUCACCACAUUGUAGAUCUCACCGGCGGGCUUGCGAUAUUUCAUCCACAGUGCUUCAGACCUGCUACCAUGUUGGAUAGAUCUUGGUCACAGUCUUGCAGCAGGCGCUGCUGUAAUUUGGGAUUCUCUGUGAUUCUUCUACCUCAUAUCAUUGUUUUAUUUAGGCCUUUGAUUGUCUCAAAGAGGAAUUUUUUUUUUUUCUUUUUAAUUUUUUUUAAUUUUUUUGUUAAUUAAAAUUUUGAUCCUUGUACGAAGGGAUGGUACUUUGAAAUUGAAAAUAUUCUUCACAUCUGGCAUGAGUCUGUUAAGAGUGCCAUUCAGACUGUUGAUUUGAUGAGUCCCACUAGAUGGACCAUGAUCAUCACAAGUAGAUGGUUUAAGUUAAAAUACAGCACGUUCUAUAUCAUGUGUGACAAAGCCAGAAAUCGGAUGGUUAGGAUCUAAUCUGGAAGCUUUCUGGG